AUGCAGGACAGGAUUGCUCCCAUCAAGUGGGGCAAUGCCUCGGUCAGGGCACACGACCUCCUUGUUAGAAGACUCCACAGCAAAUAUCCUGAGCUCCGGCUCUGUCAAGAUAAUUGGAAAAUUGAAUACAUUGUGACUAACGACUAUCCAAAAUGGUAUGAGAGCCACAGCAGGAAGCGUGAGCUUGUCAAGCUUGAGGAAGGCGCAGUAGAAGGCACGCGGCCUUCCAAACGAUGCCUUGGUGCACCAAUACUUGCUACAAAACGAGGACGAUUAGAAACUCAACGAGAAGAUGGGAACGAGAAGGAAAACUCACAGGUGCAUAUAGUCUGUUGUCCGCUUCCAUGCUCGCUUCCCCCCCUUGAAAAGCCCCAGCUAGAACCCCCUGCCAAGCCAGUCGACGAUCUCGAAGAUAUGUAUGGUGAUCUGCCAUCAUAUCCAAGCGGAGUGGAUGGUCACGAGUACCGCAACAAGAAAGACAUGGACGUGCCGUGGACAUCAAGCAGCUCGGGUUGCCACAAGGACCACGAGGAUACAGACAUGGACAUAUGUAAGAAUAUGGUUGUAUCAGCCCCAGGGGCAGCACAUGUAGCCCCACAUGCGCCUAUCAACAUUGGGAUCAUGGAAGUAUUGGACCCGGCCAAAGCAGCACUUUCAACUCUGCGCAUGGGGCCAUUGAGAGGCAAGGAACGGGAAGGGGACUUUCCUGGGUUCCAUUCAGAUAUGGUAGAGUCGUUUACGGCCAUAGUGGUGAGUACUAUCUCUCUUUGA